GCGAAAAUAAAAGUUCACGCCUCAUUUAACUUUUUUUUGGUGUUCCACUCAAAAACGUUGAGCAGAUUAAACUUAAUUACAUCUCGAUGGAUAAAGAGAAGCAGCACAAUUAAGAGACAUUGAAGUGAAAAAAUAACUUAUUCAUGUUAAAAAGUGUUACAGGAAUUUAAAAGUUUAAUUUGAUAUUCAAAUUGAAAAAGAAAGCGAGCGGAUGCACUUUUCAAUGAACUCUCGAGACGCGACAAUUGUGAGCUUAGUUUAUUGUUGUGUGAAUUAAAUUGAGGAACGAAAAUAAAAAAAACCCGAUAGUUUGUGCAACUUACUAAAGAAAUUAAACAAUUGGAAGAAAAUAAAGAAAAGAAAAAAACUCUGAUCAAAAAGUGAUCUUAAGAAUUUUGCAAGUGUACAACGUAUACAGUUCUGAUAUCAAUAAGAUAAAAAAAUAAGAAUGUUGAAAUUAAUGAUCUUGGUAGCAUUUUUAUUGCUGCAACUGGCUUAUGCUCAAGAGUCUCAACCAGCGGUUAUCACAAACCCAAAUAAUAAUAGCAGAGAAAGCAAAGCGAUAUCUUCAAAUUGCCCGCGAUCAUGUCCACCAUCAAGCACUGAGACCGAGCCCGUAUGUGGCACUGAUGGAAUCAUUUAUGCAAAUUCCUGUGAAAUGAAAAAGAAAACUUGUACGAAAGGAAACAUUAACGCUAUCAAAGAAGACCAACAGGGCUGUGAACGAUCGAAAGGUUCAGAAUGUAAUCACCGAUGUCCAACAGAGAAAGAUUUAGUUUGUGGUACUGAUGGACGCACGUAUUUAAAUCGAUGCAUGUUAGCAGUUCAAGCAUGUCGUGUUGGAAAAGCUGCAGUAAUACUCGCACACAUGGGUCCAUGCGCAGCGGGCUCCGUCAUCCGUGAAUCAUGUCCAGUCGAUUGCAACAGUGCACCUCAAGACGGUCCAAUUUGUGCGUCUGAUGGAAAUGUUUACAAUUCUACAUGCCAGAUGAAACUGUUAACGUGUGGACAAGGAGUUGUUCGUAAAAGCCGCAAGCAUUGUCAAAGCACAAGAAAUUGUCGCGAAUCUUGUUGGCGCGUUGCAAGACCCACCUGUGGUUCCGAUGGACGUUUAUAUGCAAGCGCUUGUAAAAUGCGAUCAUCAAACUGUGGCAAACACGUUUUUGAAGUUCCGAUUUCAUUUUGUAUGUCUCAGGAGAGAACUGGAAGCAUCAACAACUAUUUAGGUGAUUGUCCCACAUCGUGUGCCAAUGAAGAAGAGAAAAUUGUUUGUGGAAGUGAUGGACAUGUUUAUACAUCACAAUGUGAAUUAAAGAUGCUCAACUGUGGAUCACAAAAGAAAAACAUUUAUGCGGCUCCGAUCGAAAAAUGUCUAAAGAAAGUCGAUCGAUGCAAGAAGUCGUCGGAGAUUGCUUGCAAGCAACUUCAGAAAAAACAGAGCUCGAUCUUUGGUAAGAGUGAUGAGAUUUGUGGAACUGACUCGAAAACAUAUGCCGAUGAAUGUGAACUACAAAAAGCAACAUGUUUACGUGGAGUUCAAAUGGCCCAUAUUGGACCAUGCACGAAUCUUAAAAAUGAACCUGAAUGCGAGCCUUGCAAAAUUGAUGACUACCGGCCUGAACCGAUUUGUGCAUCAGAUGGAAACGUCUAUCAAAACCAGUGCGAGUUGAAAGAACAAACUUGUGGUCUUCAUGUGGUUCCUGUUUCACUUCAGAACUGUCCAAAGACCCAGUUCUGCGAUGUCGAUUGUGAUGAAUUAUACGGUCAUCAAGCAAGCUACAUUUGCGGCAGUGACAACAAAUUAUAUAAAUCUGAGUGUCACAUGAGAAAAGAGAAUUGUGGAAAGCACGUUUUUAUUGUGCCAAUUAAACGAUGUCUCGCUGCCUUCGCAUUCAAGGGAUGUGCUAGAAUAUGCCCACAAGAUUAUGAACCAGUUUGUGGAACUGAUGACAAAACAUAUUCAAAUGACUGUUUUCUAAGUAUUGAAGGUUGUCGCUCAAGAAACUUUGUCACUAGAAAACACAUAGGAGCUUGUGGACGACCGGAGAAGCCAUCAACAAAUUAUUUGUACUAAUUUUGAAAACAAAGUUGAAUUUACCUAUUUCUGUGACUAUUAAAAAAUUCCUUUUAUUUAUUGACUUAUAGUAAGAAUCAUUUUCUGUUUAAAACUAUUUUCAAAAUGAAAAUAAAAUUUUAAUUUAG